CAUUCGCAUAGAGCAGCCGGAGAUUACAGGUGACCUUGGACGGUGUAUAAAUACGAAGAACUGGUUAAGAUUUACUUGGAGUCCACUUCAGUCUAUACAGAGUGUAACGUCACAAGAAGGAUCCACCAAUAACAAGUGGGAAGAAAAGGCAGCAUGAUGAAGGUGGUGGCCUUUUGCUUGAUCGUUUUCGGAUUGUCAUGUGUAUUUGGACAAUCCACGCCUUCCAGCAUUGACACCAGCACCAACAGUGUGGACGACAUUUAUUCACUUGACGACGAGGAUUUCAAGCUUUGGAUUGCGGGAAGAAAUCCCAAAGCAUGGGAAACUAGUACUCGUCGUGUUAGCACAUCAUCACAAAGUUCAACUUCUGAAGAUACUCGAUUAUUGGGACAGUCAGACUCAUUUGAUCCACCAACGACGUCUCAACAGGAAAUCACUUCUACAUCAAAACCAACUCACGAAACUACACCAAAGACAGAUAUCAGUUCUAAAUCCGAAGGCUAUUUAUAUCCUCGUCCCGGAAAUCUCCAAGAUUGGCUUCAAUCUAACAUGCUUCAGUCACAUCAAAUCAACAAUCAAUUGAUGACAGAUGUUAGUGCACUUCCUUAUCCUCCCAGAUAUGUUGGAUCCAUUCCCGAUUGCAUUCCAGCUAGUGAAGCCUUCAAAUUUCGUCCGGCUUCGGCUUCUUUCCAAACGUUGGCAACCAUUCAUCGAUUCCAUGAUAAUACACCCUCCCAGCAGUUGCCCUUUCCAGGAAGCUCACACCAUGGAGAUGCGUUUUUGAGCCAGAAUCAAAAUCAUCCGAAACCACCACAGCAGCAACAACAACAACAACCCGUGAAAUUAUCGGCCACAGCUGUACAGCAACAAGGUCAUCGAAUUUCGGAGUUUCAUGGUAAUCCGCUCUUUUUCCACCCACCACCGGUAAAGUUUGUACCUGCUGCCAUUGAAGCACCGCCGUUGGUGUACGGUUAUUACUGAAAUAAGCGUGCUUGUUUUGUUUUCUUGGAGACUGAUAUUUAAAUCACUUGUUGAAUAAAGGUAUGACAAUAG